AUGAUGACGAUGUCGAAUAGCGGUGCGACGAAAAGCGGUGCAAUGGCGAAUGGCGGUGCAGCGGCGAUUAACGGUGGAGCGACGAUUGGCGGUGGAGCGGCGGCGGAUAAAAGCGGCGCCGCGACGGGUUUCGGAGGCAGCGGCGAAGCUAGGGGUGGCGGGAAGUCAGGGACGAGCGCGGGAACCGGCGACGGCAACGGGUCGACGGAAGAAGGAGCUUCGGUGGGGAAGAAGUCGGGGGGCACGAGGCGGCUGGCGGAACGCGGAGCGGACGGGAGGCGGCCGCGCAAGCGGUGCAAGCUGGUGCUGUUCGAGAGCCGGCUGCCGCGCGACGGGUUCGUGUGGCUCAAGUACGGCCAGAAGGAGCUGUCGGGCGGCACCAUGACGAGUAACGCCCUUCCCUCUUGCCCCCUCCCCUUCCGCUCUGCUGGCGCGCUCCCCGCUCCCCGUGCUGGUGGCGGCAGGCACUACUUCAAGUGCAACGCGGCGGACUCGGCGGCUGCGUGCGAGGCGAAGCGCAUCGUGGACUACAACAAGGUGGACCCGCGGCACCCCAUCCGCGUCUCCACCACCGGCGCGCACAACCACGACGCGCCCGCCGCCCCGCUCGGCCUCAGCCUGUGCCGGGAGGGGGAGACGGCGGGCGAGGGGUGCGUGGGGGGCGCGGGGGGCGAAGGGGACGAGGGGGAAGAGGGGGAGGAAUAUUAUGAGAGAACGGGAGAAGAUCGGGAGUGGGGGGAAGAGGAGGAGUACUAUCAGCAGCCGCCGCCGCCCCCGCCAUUGCCGCUACCACAGGCGCCGGCACUGCCGCCGCCGCCCCCGCAGCAGCAGCAGCAGCAGCGGUCCCCUCUGAUGCAUCAACUGUCGGCUCCUGUUGGAUUCUCCGCCUCCCACUCCCACUCCCCGCACGCCUCCUCCCUCCCGCCCUCACAAGCGUUCGCACACGGCGACCGGCUGGCGCUCUCAAACCCGCGCACCCACUCCGAGCCCUCCGCGCCCCCUUGCUCCCCCUCCCACCUGCCCCUGCACGCCCCUCCGCCGCCGCCCAACGCUCUUCCAAACCAACCCGGCGGGGCCCUGGCUGCGUUUCCGCAGCAACAAAUAUCCUCGCUACAAGCACAGGACGUAUCCUCGCUGCAGCGACAAUCCCCCUUACAGCGUCAAUUCUCGUUGAAGCAACAAGACAUUUCUUCAUUACAGCCACAAGCCCUGUCCUCCUUACAGCGCCAGCCCUCGUUACAGCCACAGGCCCUGUCCGCCUUACAGCGGCAGUCCGCGCUACAACCCGGCUCAAUGCUUCCAGGAGUGGGGUGCGCGAGAGGCAGAGUGCGCAUGGGCAGUGCGCUGACGGCUCUGGCAUGGCGGCAGGGGGGAGAGCUGGAGGGGCAGCACGGAGGGCAGGGGCAAGGGUGGCGGGAGCAAGGGGGGCAUGAGCAGGGGCGGCAGGAGCAGGGGCGGCAGGAGGAGGGGCGGCAGGAGCAAGGGCGGCAGGAGCAGGGGCGGCAGGAGCAGGGGCGGCAGGAGCAGGGGCGGCAGGAGCAGGGGCGGCAGGAGCAGGGGCGUGUGGGAGACACGGCAGGAGUGUCGGAGGCCGCUCAACGGGGCAGGCAAGCCGUGUCGCCCCCUCUGCCCACACCCAUGCCGCCCGCACCCAUGCCCACACCCAUGCCCGCGCCCAUGCCAGCAGCGGUGCCAGCAGCAAUAUCUGGAGUGGGCAGGGAGGGUGGAGCAGGGGAUUGGCUUGCGGAGCGACAAACAGCAAGAGCGGCAGAAGCAUCUGACAGGCAGCCGCGGCCGCUUGGGCGCACAGCAUCUGCACCCGUGGGGCGGAUUGGGGCGGCGGAGGGGGGUGGGGGAGCGGCGGGUGGGGGGCGAGGGGGGCCUCGGCAGGCGUUUGGCGUGGAUUGCUCCAUGCCUCUGCUGCAGCAGUGGCUGCAACACCGCGCCACACAAACGCAGCAACAGCAGCCGCUGAGCCCACCGCAGCCGCCAAGCCUUCCACAGCAGCAAAGAAUCCAGCGGCCACCUUCACAGCAGCCGCAGCAGCAGCAGCAGCAGCAGCGAACACAAGAAGCGGCGGGAGCACCGACGGGUGAUGGACACCCCAUGGGAGCAAUGAGACGGCACGAGGACGGUGCGAUGGGAGCAGUGGCGACGGCAGGCGCAGGUGAGGCAGCAGAGGGAGCGCCUCAACGGCGGUUGGUGCGGCAGGGCCAGGCACAGGUGGCAGAGGCACAGCAGGCAGCACAGGUGGUAGCGCAAGCACAGCCCAGGCAGGCAUCACACAAAGCAGCAGCACCACUAGAGGCAGAAGUGACAACCCGAGGCACCAUUCCUGAUCACGCUGCGCAUGUCCCACGCUCAGCGCUGCCAGGGUCAGCGGCGCCGCACGCGGCGGUGGCAGCGCGGGUGGAGGCGCUGCAGCGGCAGCAGGAGGAGGCGACGAGGCGGGAGGCGGAGGCGGCAGCAGCGGUGCGGCAGCUGGAGCAGCAGCUGGAGCAGCAGCGCGCCGCCGCCGCCCACGCACGCGCCCGCGCUGCUGCCGCCCAGGCGGAGGCCGAGACAAAGCUGGCCGCCCUGCGGAGACAGCUGCUGGCGGAGCAGAGCCCCCGGGAGGGGGGAGUGGCGGCUGGAGUGGUGGUGGCCGGGGCCCCUCCCCCCCCUCCGCUCCAUGCUUCAACCCCCCCUUACCACCCUUACCCUCAAACCGAAGUCUCCUUACCUCCCCCACAACCCCCUGCGCCUGCUUCCAUUGCAGCAUCUCUCCCGGUCAGCAGCACAGCGCCUGCCCCAGGAGUCACCUCCACGUUCGCCCCAGACACCGCCUCCCCCACUACCAGCCGAAACCGCACCCAGGAACCCAGCAACAGCCAGUGCGAGAAUCAGGAAGAGAGCGGGAGUGCGAGGGAGGGCCAGGGGGGUUUGGAGAGUGGCGUUGAGGGAGGGGGCCAGGGGGGUGCGCGUGGCGGGAACAGCAGCACGGCGGCACUGGCGCUGUCGCUGUCGUGUGUGGCGCUGCGCCUCGUGCUGCAGCUGCAGGAGGCUGCCAGGGCGGAGCAGCAGGGGGGGGACGGAGUGGAGGAGAAGCAGGCAGCAGCAGGUGCUGCUGGGGAGGGAGAUGGAGGGAAUGGGUCGGAGCGGUUUGGUGAGGGAGUGGAGGCAGCAGCAGGUGGAGGUGUGGAAGCAGGUGGAGCAGGAAGCAGGGAGGAGUAUGGAGGGGGGGAGGCAGGCAGGCAAGAGCAGUACCGGUAUGGCCCAGCUCACAGCGCCCCUGAGAUGUCCACCCUCACUGCAGCUGCCGUGCCCACUGGCUCAUCCAUGGCAUUCCCUGGUGCUUUCCUGCAGGCGGGGGGCAUGUGGGAGGGUGCAGGCGGUGUGAGGAGCAGAGCGGAUGCUGUGGGCAGCAGCACAGGGGCACCACCUCCCAGCCCCACGGACUCUCAUGCACCCUGCAGUGCUGCCAGGCGUGUGGAUGUGGAGCUGCGCCUCUGA